AUGGAUAUUACCGCUGAUAACGAAAGAAACGCUAUACAACAGGAAUAUGUCAAUUUCUUAGAUGACGAUAUUGACUCGGGAGCUUAUCACAAUAUGGUUAAAGACAUGAUUAAUAAAGGCCAGCAAAGAUUGAUCGUCAAUAUGAAUGACCUACGUGUUAAAAGGCCUAGACGUGCAUCAAGGAUACUAGAGGAUGCUGUAGAUGAAAUUAUUGCAUUUCAGAAAGCCUUGAAACAAUUUCUAGAGAUGGUAGAUCCUUCAUACGUUGGCAAACAUCCCGAUUUAUUUGUUGGCUUCCGUGGCAGUUUUGGUGCCAAACACGUUACACCCCGCACUUUAUCAGCACGUUUCCUUGGUAAUAUGGUCUGUGUGGAAGGCAUAGUAACUAAAAUGUCGCUUGUUAGACCUAAAGUUGUUAGGAGUGUGCAUUAUUGUCCUGUAACUAAAAAGGUUAUUGAGCGUACUUAUACCGACCUGACCUCUCUUGAUGCAUUUCCAUCGGCUGCGGUCUAUCCAACUAGGGACGAUGAUAAUAACCCCUUGGAAACAGAGUACGGCUUAUCAACUUAUAAAGAUCAUCAAACCAUUACGAUACAAGAAAUGCCUGAAAAAGCUCCUGCGGGACAGCUACCAAGAUCUAUUGAUAUCGUAUUGGAUGAUGAUUUAGUAGAUUCAUGCAAACCUGGUGAUAGAGUUCAGGUCAUCGGUAUAUACCGAUGUUUACCUAAUAAACAAAAUGGUUAUACUAAUGGUACUUUUAGAACGAUUAUAAUUGCAAACAACGUCCUAGUGCUAACGAAAGAAGUCAUUCCAAAUUUGGACAAGGCGGAUUUUGAUCAGAUUAGACGCUUUAGCAAAAAAAAUCAAAAAGGAGUAUUUAAUAUCCUAGCAAAUUCAGUUGCACCAUCAAUUCAUGGCCAUGACUAUAUCAAAAAGUCGAUCCUAUGCAUGUUGUUAGGUGGUUGCGAGAAAUUGCUAGAAAACGGAACACGCCUUCGUGGCGAUAUCAAUAUACUUUUAGUUGGCGAUCCUUCAACUGCAAAAUCUCAACUUCUAAGGUAUGUCUUGCAUAUCGCACCACGUGCAAUUCCUACUACUGGGCGCGGUUCUACUGGCGUAGGUCUCACUGCAGCUGUUACUACUGAUCAAGAAACUGGUGAGCGUCGCUUGGAAGCUGGUGCAAUGGUCCUCGCUGACCGUGGUAUUGUUUGUAUAGAUGAAUUCGAUAAGAUGAGCGAUAUUGAUCGUACAGCCAUCCACGAAGUCAUGGAACAAGGACGUGUUAGCAUAUCUAAAGCUGGAAUUCAUGCUAAGUUAAACGCAAGAUGUAGUGUAUUGGCAGCAGCUAAUCCAGUGUAUGGCCGCUAUGACGAGUUUAAACCACCGAUGGACAAUAUUGGAAUGCAAGAUUCGCUGUUAACAAGAUUUGAUUUGAUAUUCGUAGUACUUGACCAGGCGGAUCCUGAUAAUGAUCGUGCUAUAUCCGAGCAUGUGCUUCGAAUGCAUCGGUAUCGUCUUCCUGGUGAGCAGGAUGGAGAUGUCUUAAGUAUCGAUAAAUCUGCCGACAUGUUAGCUACUACUGAUCCGGACGAAGAAAUCUUAUCCAAGGAUAAUAGUGGUAAAUCUGUAAUAUAUGAAAAACACGACAAUUUAUUACAUGGUUCCAAACGAAUGACUGGCAAGAACAAGAUUGUUUCGAAAGACUUUCUUAUAAAAUACAUUCACGUUGCUAAGAAAAUUAAGCCUACUUUAACGCAGCAAGCUACUACCUUAAUUGCUGAAGAAUAUUCUAAGCUACGCAAUACCGAAGAAUAUGACUCUACCAAAGCUAAGACGCAACCAGUCACUGCCCGUAGUCUAGAAACCAUGAUUCGAUUUGCUACUGCUCAUGCAAAAGCAAGAAUGAGUCCAACGGUUGAUAAGGUUGAUGCAGAAUUUGCUAUUGACGCUAUUAUGUAUGCAUACUUCAAGAAGGUUGAAAGAAAGUCUAAGCGUAAAGUCACGAAAGGCUCAGAUGACGAGGAUGAUGAUGAGAGCCCUAGCCAACAAGACAAAAGAAAGCGUCGUCGUAGGAAAAGAUCCGAUGAAGAUUCUGAUGAAGAUUCUGACAGUAAUUCACCUAUUAGUUCGCAAAAGAAAGAUUCCUAUGACCCGUACAGUUUUGAUAACGAAAUGGAAGGAAUUGACUCAACGAGAUCCCCUAGUAAUGCUGUGCGUACCGAGGGGCAAUCAGGCGCAACCGAAGAAGAUGGCGACACACAAGAAGAAUCACAGGAGCCAAUAUCUAGUGAUAGGUUAAAGAUAUUUGAAACUGCUCUGAAUGCUGUAUUUAUGACUGGAUACGUUGAGUUUUUAAGCCGCGAGGAAGUUUGUCGUAGGGUAAACAAUCAACAAAAUGAGGAUGAAAAGUUCAGUGGCACGGAAAUGUCACAGGCUUUACAUUCUAUGCAGAAUGACAACAAAAUUAUGAUUGACGACAAAGAUGACGUCUAUUUAAUUUAA